AUGUGCAGGGGCUUACUCUUAAACCACUAUCUGAAACACGAUGGGAAAGUCAGUGUAGAAAGUGUGAGAGCAUUUAGAUUCCAAGCUCCCAAAAUAAGAGAUGCUUUAGCUUACUUGGGGAAAUAUGGUGUUGAUUCUAAAACAAGGGGUGAUGCUCAAUGCAUGGCAACAUAUGAAAUGGAGAAUUUUGAGUUCUUGUUCGGCAUGGUUAUUUGGUAUGAACUGUUGAAUGCUAUCAAUAUUGUGAGUAAAAUUCUUCAAACCGAAGACAUGCAUAUUGAUGUUGCUAUUCAGGAAUUGGAGAAGCUUAUUUCUUCUGUGCAGAACUAUAGAGAAAAUGGAUUUGAUACGGCCUUGAUCAGAGCUAAAGAAAUUGCAAGUGAGAUGGGAAUUGAAGCCGAAUUUCGUGAAAAAAGAACAAUUCAGAAGAAAAAGCAUUUUGAUGAAAGCGACAAUGAAGAAGAGGUGACACAAUCUGCUUUGGAAUCAUUUAAGGUUGGUUACUUCUUUUAUAUUAUUGAUCAAUCUCUUUCUUCACUUCAAAGUAGAUUUGAACAGUUCAAGAAAUAUGAAGAAGAUUUUGGACUUUUAUUUAAGUUGGAGAAGUUAAAGUCUGCAGAUGAUGAAAGUUUGAUGAAAUUUUGUAUGAAUCUUGAAGAGUUGUUCAAGGAUGGUGAUGUUUCUGACAUUAUUGGGGGUGAGCUAUUUUAUGAGUUUGGUUAUUUGAAAGGGUCUAUACCAAAAGAAGCAAAAAAAGCAGUUGAUGUGUUGAGCUAUUUGAAGCAAAUGGAUGGUUGCUAUCCAAAUGCUUGGAUUGCUUACAAACUUUUGUUAACCAUACAUGUUACUGUUGCAUGUGCUGAGAGAAGCUUUUUAAAGUUAAAGUUGAUCAAAUCUUAUCUUCGAUCAAUUAUGUCGCAAGAUAGACUAAAUGGUUUAGCUAUGUUAUCGAUUGAAAAAGAUUUGGCGGAAAAGCUUGAGUAUUCAUGCUUAAUUGACACCUUUGUUGUCAAGAAUGCAAGAAGGGUAGUUUUUCAGUAA